AUGGAAGCAAGAAGUAAAAAGCAGUUUAAAUCCAAAAGGACACCUCAGAAUACAUCUCCCAAGGGUACCACUUUUAGGAAAAAAGCAUUUGGCUCCCCAAAAAAUCAUGGCAAAGAUACUGCACGGAGUCCAAAGGGAAAUACUAAAGUAAAUAAAUUUGAAAAGGGCAAGAAAAUGGCUACCCAAAAGGGAGGCAAAGCUGGUGUGAAACAAUUUGCAUCCAAGAAGGCAAAACAGGGAGAUGGCUUUACAAAGAAAAGGAAACGUUCAGCAGAGGACCAAGAAGGCAAUACUGAAGCCAAGAAGCCAAAAUGGGAAGACUUCAAAAAAAAGAAGAAGGAAUUAAAACAAACCAGGCAACUCAAUGACAAGAGUAACUAUGACGUCAUGACAAAGUCCAAGCAGAUUUGGGAAUCAAUUAGGAGAAAAGACUGUGAUGCCAAAAAAAGAGUCAAGUUAAUGGACGAGCUUGAGAAGCUGCUUCAAGGGAAUGUGAAAAGUAUUGCAUUUGCUCAUGAUACAACCAGGGUCAUCCAGUGUUACAUAAAACACGCCAAUGAAAAAAGAAGGCAAGAUGUUUUUGAUGAACUUAAAGAACACAUAGUGGACUUGAGCAAGUCAAAGUAUGCCAGAAAUAUUGUGAGAAAAUUUCUAAUGUAUGGGUCGAAAUCCCAAGUGGCUGAAAUAAUUAAAAGCUUUAAAGGACAGGUGAAGAAAUUGUUGAGGCAUUCAGAGGCUUCAUACAUUGUCGAAUAUGCAUAUAAUCACAAAGCCAUUUUAGAGCAGAGGAACAUGCUAUGUGAAGAACUUUAUGGAAAUACAUUCCGUUUCUACAAGUCUACAGUUCAUCCUUCUUUAGAUAAAGUAUUAGAGGCUCAACCUCAGAAGCAAGAAUCUAUCCUGGAGGAAAUGAAACAGAUCCUUGUACCGCUUGCACAAAAGGAGGCUGUAAUCAAACAUUCUUUGGUGCAUAAAGUUUUCCUGGACUUUUUUUGCCAUUCAUCCCCAAAAAUAAAAUCGGAAAUGAUUGAAGCUAUCAGAGAAGCUGUGAUGUACAUCAUCCAUACACAUGAUGGUGCCAGAGUGGGAAUGCACUGCAUAUGGCAUGGGACACCUAAGGACAGAAAAAUUUUUACAAAAACCAUGAAGACAUUUGUUGAAAAAGUGGCCACAGGAGAAUUUUCUCAUCUGGUCUUGCUGGCAAUGUUUGACUGUAUUGAUGAUACCAAGCUUGUGAAGCAGUUAAUCAUUUCUGAACUGGUUAGUGCUUUGCCCAAUAUAAUCAAUGACAAGUAUGGAAGAAAAGUGCUGCUCUAUUUGCUAUGCAGACGAAGUACUUCACAUUUUCUACCAGAGAUAAUUGAAGUGCUCAAACAAGGAGAUUGUAACGCACACAGCAAAAAGGAUCCCGACAUGAGGCAUAGAGAACUACUAGACGCUAUAUCAGGACCCUUGCUAAAAUAUCUUGGGGAGAACAUAAAAGACUUGGUUUUACAGAAUACUAUGUGCACCAUGAUUACAAAUAUUUUACUGUAUGCACUGGGAGACCCACAGCCUGUCAUGUCUGCCAUUGCCACUAUAGCAGCAGAAGAUUUUGUGCCAGGUGGCACAGAUGGAGAGCUUCACAUUGCAGAACACGCUGCAGGUCACCUAGUGCUGAAAUGGUUGUUAAAGCAAGACAAAGACUUAAAAGAACGUGGUAAAGAAGGUUGCUUUGCUAGAACAUUAGUAGAUUGUGUGGGCCUCAAGAAACUGAGUAGUUGGGCACAAGUAAAUAGAGGGGCCAUAGUACUUUGCUGCCUUCUUCAGAGUUCAGAUGAGGACGUUGCCACUGAAGUGAAAAACGGACUCAAAGGCCUUGUGGAUAAAGCAGAAGACUCUAAAAACUCAAAGGCAAUCAAGACCCUGAUAGAAAGCUUAAAUUCUCCCUAG